AAUUUUACUAAAUUUAUGCUAAAAUUCAGACAAAGAAAAAAACAAACAAAUCUCUCGCAAACUGAACACAACUUGCACAAAUGAAAGGCGUUGUGAAGCUUGCAAUAUGCUUGGGCUUGGCUCUGAUAGCUUGGCUACUGUUUCACUAUGACCAGCUUUUCACAGAACAAAAAUCGAACAACAAUCCCAACAUGGAUAUGAAGGAUAACAACACGUUGGAAGCGGAACUGCAGGAUGCACUUUCGGAGAGCUGCAAGAACAGCUCCAUCGAUGUUUAUUUGCACUUCUUCUGGAUAUUUGCGUGCAUCUAUGCGUUGGCCAAGUUGACGGAACUAUCGGAGCGUUAUGUGAACGCCAAGAUUGCGUCCAAGGAGCGCAGCUCCGAGUUGCAUGGCAUCAACGACGAGUGGGAGAAGACACUGAAGCUGUAUGAGCAGGAUAAAAUCGAAUUGGACUCACAGUUGCAGUCGCUGCGCGAAAGGAAUUGUGGUUUGGAGGCAUCGAUGCGAGAUUUACGCGAUUGCAAUUUACAGUUGAUCAGUGAGAAUUAUAUGCGCACUGUGCUCCAGGAUCAACAGAUUCAGGGCUUGGCUCAACGCGUCCAGGAUCAACAAUCGGCAUCAGCAUCGAAUAUCUAUAUCACCAAUCGACACAUCCAUUUGACGCGACAGGUCUUUCUCAACGAGGGACACUCCGAUCUCGAUCUCGAUCUCGAUGCGAAUCUUGGCGAUCGGAAUCUGAAUUCUUUGAAUGUUUGGGUGCAAUAUUUGAAGAUGCGUAAGUGUUAUAUGGGCAAAUUGGCUGAUCCCAAAUUGGUGCUUAAUGGUCAGCCGGAGCGAAUAUUGCCAAUUGUCAUGACUACCGAACAGAUGGCUAGAUUACAGGGCAUGUUCUAAUUGAUUUAAUUUACGACUGUUUCGUUCCAUUAUUAAAGAAAAUAAGGCAGCGAGACAGAGACAGGACUAAAGAGCGAAAGAGAGAGCAAGCGAGCGAGUUAGAUAGAUAGAGUUUAAGAAAAUGUACCAAAAAAAAAAGUUAAAUUUGAUUUUUAAAUUUUACGAGAAGACAUAAUUUAAAUAUACUUUGGAUAAGCAACUCAAAAUUGGCGAAGAUUAAAAGCUGCAACAAACACAGAGUAUUUAAAUGAUAUAUUCACCAUAUAUUUCGAUAUUAUAACAUAUAGCUUGUGUAUGUGAUCAACAAAGAAAAUAAUAUCAAUAAACGUAAUUGAAUCUUGC